AUGGCCACAGGCGGAAGACAUGAGUUCACCGCGACGCCCUGUGAUGCGUGCGGUGAAACAUCAAUGCAGGACGAAGGGAUGGUCGGGUGCAAUGGAUGCGCCGGAUGGUUCCAUUAUCGCUGCGUAGGAGUAACUGACGAAGUAAAGAAGCAAAAAAAAUGGUUCUGCCCAUCUGAAGCGUGUCAGCAACUAUACUCUAAGUACCUGAAGAAGCAAGAGGCCGGACGGAAGGGUGCUGUGAAACGAACGGAUGGUUCCGAAAAAUCUAGCGCUACUUCCGAGCAACGGUGUAAUCCUCUAGAUGAUGUCAAAGACGAUACGCUGAAGACGCAGGAAGGAGAUCAAUUAAGCAGUGAAGAAAAACAGGAAGCUGAACGAUUGCUAGCCAUAAAACAGCAGGAUCGUGAAUUGGAAUUGCUUGCAAGACAAUAUGAGAUUGAAGCGGAAUUACGAAACCGAAAAAUGCAGUUGGAAAAAGCAAUGCUAGAAAAGGCGCUGCAAGAAAAACAAUCGCAGGUGGAACAAAUAAAAAAGAUGCGUGAGUCUUACCGAACUCGAAUGGAAGCUAUAGACGAGGAAUUAGCAGAACUUAGCGUAGGAGCCAAGCCGGAAAGCCAAGUCGGUAAGACGUCGACUCCGUUGCAACGGUCUAAGCAAAAACAACAACCACAGCAGAGUAAUCGAUGCGAUAAUCUGGAGGAAAUAGGAUCCAAUGGAGAAGAAACGAGUUCAUCUGAAUCAAAUACUUCUGAUUCUCAAUCGGAUAUGGGAAAUGAGUCUGUGGAAGAGAUCUCUUCGAAGGUUUCGUGUCGCAGUUCACGAACAACAUCUUCACAAGGGUUGAGGACACGCCGUGUAGGCCCUUCUAAGGCGCAGUUGUCUGCGAGGCAUGGAAUCAAUCGCAAAUUACCAUCGUUUUCCGGAAAGGCAGAGGAAUGGCCUCUUUUUAUUAGCAGCUAUACCUCAUCUACUGAGGCUUGUGGCUACAACGACGUGGAGAAUUUGGUUCGCCUGCAAGAAAGCCUGACGGGACCAGCUUUAGAUAGUGUUCGUGGACUGUUGCUAUUUCCGAAAUGCGUUUCGAAAGUGAUAAUAAAACUCCGUCGCUUAUAUGGUCGCCCUGAGUUGUUACUUCAACACUACGUGGAGAAAAUUCGCAAGCUAGAGUCGCCUAAAGCCGACAGGUUAGCUUCAUAUAUUCCUUUCGGAAAUGCGGUGGAGCUGCUCUGCGACCACCUAGAAGCUGCUGAGCUGCAAAAUCACCUAAACAAUCCGACGUUAAUCCAAGACCUUUUAAGCAAACUACCUGCUGUCAACCAACGCGAAUGGGUACGAUACAAGAAACGAAAAACGGUUGUGAAUCUCCGUACGUUCGCUAAUUUUCUCUCUAAAGUAGUAGCAGAGAUUUGCGAAACGAACGUUGACGUAAGGGUUGCGCCAGAUACUCAAAGAUUAAAACCCAAAGAAAAAGCUGUUGUUUUCAGCCACAACACUGAUUAUCAGGAAACAUCCAAUGUUCAAAAGCCUUGUAAAGCUUGUGGUCGCACUGACCACCGUCUGCGGUUCUGUGAUGUGUUCAAGGGAAUGCCUAAAGAAGAACGUUUUGAACUUGCCGAAAAGUGGAAACUCUGCCAUAUUUGUCUAAAUGAUCAUGGCAGACUUCCGUGUAGAUUCCAUCGUAUACGUUGCGAUGUUGGCGAAUGUCGUGAGCGCCACCACCCCCUGCUCCAUUCGACCCAAGUCGUCAUGAAUACCCACUUUCCAACGUCGUUCGGAAUUAUGUUUCGGGUGGUUCCAGUACGUUUAUAUUUCGGGAAAUCAGUUGUGGAAACCCUGGCCUUUCUUGACGACGGUGCUUCUGUGACCCUUUUGGAAAAGUCACUUGCGAAAAGACUAGAAUUAGUAGGUGAAAAGGAUGAGCUAACCAUCAAAUGGACAGCUGAUGUUUCGCGAAUCGAAAAGGAAUCCAUACGAGCCGAUAUGCAUAUCUCUUCGCGAAGUGGUGAUGAAAAAUUGCUGCUCCGGAACGUACGAACGGUAUCAGAUCUUCGUCUGCCGAAACAGAACUUGAAUCACGAAAAACUUAAGGAACAGUACCCUUUUUUAAAAGACGUUCCAGUAGAAUCGUAUCUAGAAGCCCGACCUGGUAUUCUAAUUGGUCUAAACAACUUAGAAGUUAUUGCACCGCUGGAGACGAAGAUAGGGAAUAUUGGCGAUCCGGUUGCCGUACGGUCUAAACUAGGCUGGUCUAUUUAUGGCCCAAUUCAGAAUUUACAAGUAGCGCAACCAAACGCCUACGUUGGAAUCCAUGCCGAACCUACCAAUCAAGAGAUUUAUGAUUUGAUCAAGGUCCAAUACGUUGUUGAAGAAUCCCCAGUGACUGUGACCAAGGAAUCAAAGGAAGACCAACGCGCACGUGAAUUACUGGAGAAAACAACUGUGCGCAUCGGUAAUCGUUUAGAAACGGGGCUGCUUUGGAACAAAGACGAUAUCUGGUUCCCGGACAGCUAUGGUAUGGCGUUUAACCGUAUGCAACAGCUUGAAAAGCGUUUAGCGAGAACACCAGAAUUGUAUGUCAACGUUUGCAAGCAAAUUGAAGAAUAUUUGAAGAAAGGCUACGCUCAUGAAAUAACCCCCGAUGAACUCACGAAAACUGAAAAGCAUAAAGCUUGGUACCUUCCUUUGAAUGUGGUCCUGAACCCAAAAAAGCCGAGUAAGGUGCGCCUAGUGUGGGACGCUGCCGCGACCGUAAACGGUGUUUCUUUGAACUCCCAAUUAUUGAAAGGGCCCGAUACGAUGGUUUCUCUUCCUGCUGUAAUCAGUCGUUUUCGUGAGCGACCAGUAGCUUUCGGUGCCGAUAUAAAAGAGAUGUACCACCAAAUUCGGAUAAGGACUGACGACAGACAGGCGCAACGGUUUUUGUUCCGGAAAGACCCGUGCAGGCCACCCACGACCUACGUCAUGGAUGUAGCGACCUUUGGAGCGGCAUGCUCUCCGUGUUCAGCUCAAUUCGUGAAAAACCGUAACGCGAACGAAUUUGCAACAGAAUACCCAGAGGCAGCUAAUGCGAUUCUAUAUAAUCAUUAUGUUGAUGAUUAUUACCAUAGCACCGACACCCCGGAAGAAGCAAUCCAUCUGGCUACCGAAGUGCGACAGAUUCAUAGUAAAGGCGGAUUUGAUAUUAGAAAUUGGGUGUCUAACUCCAAUCUUGUAUUAGAAGGAAUAGGUGAGCCCAAUUUGGAUAAUAAUGUCCAUUUCAACAAGAACAAGGAAACGGAAACUGAACGUGUCCUGGGAAUUAUCUGGGAUCCGCACGAUGAUGUUUUUUCGUUUUCUACUGCACAUCGAGACAAUGUUCAAUGCUAUCUAAAAGGGGAUUCGCGACCAACAAAGCGCAUAGUCCUAAGUUGCGUGAUGGUUUUUUUUGAUCCCCUGGGGCUGCUCUCACCGUUUACAGUCCAUGGGAGAAUUUUAAUCCAAGAUCUUUGGCGAAGCGGUUGUGAGUGGGACACGCUCAUAGAUGAUGAUUCGUUCGCAAAAUGGAAAAGAUGGACCGGCGUUCUUUCUCUUGUUGAAGACCUACGUAUAGAGCGCUGUUACACUGGAAGUCUGCGUUCAAGUGAAAUUCAAUCUUUGGAAGUACACGCGUUCACCGAUGCCAGUGAAAACGCCUAUGGAUGUGCCAUCUACUUUCGUGUGAAAUGGAGUGGUGGUAUCAAGGUUUCGUUGGUUAUGUCCAGUGCAAAGAAUCGCAGAGAUACAAGAGUUGACAAAUGUAUCGGACUGGCGAUGGGUUCCGAGUAA